AUGAUGCGCCAACCCAUUACGAGCCUGGCGAAGGGCUUCCUCUCCCGCCCGACCACUCAGCCGGUUCGCGUCAUCACUCAGUCGCUCUCACAAAGGACGUUCUCCUCCUUCCCCUCGUUGCGUCCGUCCAUCACACCUCUCACAUCCGCCUUCCGCCGGCCGAAUGCCACGCCGUUCACUCCCUCGACCGCCGACGGCGCCGCCGACUUGGUCCCCACGAGCGCCAUCACAGAGCACCCUGCCCUAGGCGCAAUGCAGCUUCGCUGCGGUCCUCGCAACACCAUGAACCGAAACACUCGCCUGAUUCAGAAGCGCAGACAUGGCUUCGUUUCCCGCAUGAAGACCAAGGACGGACGCAAGAUUAUUGCCCGAAGGCGCCAGAAGGGCCGCACCAAGCUCGGUGUCUGA